CGAUGAGGGGAGUGGCAAAUCGCAGCGGGUCUAUCAACCGAAUGCCAUCGCCUAGGCUUCACGAAAUCCAUGUACAAAUUUGUCUCGGCAUUCAGAAGCAUUGCGACCAAGAUGGCACCGCCAGCUACCUCGCUAUCGUCGGGUUCCCGACCAAAUACGCCGUCGAAGCCAGCCAAGCUCGACGACUACCUUGGUCUCUCGCAUCCGCCAAACGCUGCGAAGCCCUGCAUCGUCAAGCCGCUCACCAUCAAAGUUGACGAUGGUCCGGAUGGCGCUGUUCCGGGCUUCCUGCACCUUCCGCCAUCUACGACCGCGUCCCCCAGCAACACCGCCGCGAUUCUUCUCUCCGGAGCUGGGGGCGGUGUUGUCGGGCCAUCCUCAAUCUACCUCUCGCUCGCAGACAAGCUGGCGUCGUUGAAGCGGCCUGUCCCGGUCCUGCGACUUGACUACCGGUUUCCCGCGAGGAAUCGUUACUGCGUUAGAGACGUGCUGGCCGCUAUGCAGCAGCUGGAAGAACAGUAUCAGAUCAACAAGUUCGUGCUCAUCGGAUGGUCGUUUGGGGGAGCUCCGGUGUUCACGGUCGGGGGACCGGAUCUGCGCGUGGUCGGAUGCGCGACUGUCGCGAGCCAAACCGCAGAGACUGAGGGAGUCCGAUCGCUCGCGCCGAGGCCGGUGUUGCUGCUUCAUGGCACAGGUGAUCGCACGCUGAGCUACAGCUGCUCUGAGAGGCUAUUCGCGCAAUACGGCCCGAGGGGCGAUCGAGAAUUGAAGCUAUUCAAUGGCGAUGAUCAUGCGCUCAGGCGGAACUCUCUCGAGGCUGAACGAUUGAUCGGCGGGUUCAUUUUGAAGUGCGCUGGGAUCAGCGAACGCGAUGCGGCGCUUGCUGAGAAGCUGGUGGGAGAUGAUGAGAAGGUUGAGUUGAUGAAGAGGGGUGGAGAUUUGCGACGUAACGAGAGCGUCGAGUAGGUCUAGGGAACUGCAUUGUGAUACAUCAUCCGGGAUGGAUUUAGGCCACUAGCUGUCGAGUCCGCGAGUCAACU